ACUGUAAUAGUAAUUCACACAUUCUUGUUUUUUCCUACCUUUCCAAUUACAGCUACUAGUAUUAAUUAUUUUUUAAGCCGUUUCAACAUGGAUCAAUCUCAGAAAGCCAGCUACCAUGCCGGCGAGGCUAAGGGCCAAGUUCAGGAGAAGACUAGCCAGAUGAUGGACAAAGCUAGAGAUACUGCUCAAUCUGCUAAGGAAUCCAUGCAGGAGACUGGACAACAGAUGAAGGCUAAGGCACAGGGAGCUGCUGAUGCCAUGAAAGAUUCAGUGGGUGCGAACAAAUGAGGAAUUGGCUUUGAUCCAUCUGAAUUUUGUCAUUUUUCAUUUUCAUAUUUGCUAAAGAACUUGUGCAUGUGGUUCUCCUUUUUUGAAAUGUAGAGGGAGACCACUCAAGUGAAUUUCAUUUAGUAUUAUGUUCACCUAAGGAUUGUAAUUCUGAUUUGAUGGUUUUCAGUUCAUGAGAGUAUUAUCCUCCUGGUUAA